GAAGCUUCCAAUCCGCUUUUGCUUUGCUCCUUAUAUCCUCUGUGGUGUGUGCGGGCUAUCCUUCGACCUCCGCCCGAACCAAACGCCUCCUCCCCUCCCAUGGCCGCGAUUUCUGGCUACGUGCCGGUGCUUCUCCCUCGGCAUACCAACGGAACCGCCGAGCCAGCAGCGAGGCGCUUAGUCGUUCCUCUGAGGCAGAAACACGUAAAGCCGGUUUAUUUGUCUUUGCCUUAUGUCUCCCCAUCGUUCAAUUCGUUCGCUGUCGGCAACGCAAGGCAUCGAGCUUCCUUCUUCUGCCCGUUUGCUGCUCAAGGUGAGACCACAGAAACGGAAAAUGUCGACGGAACCGAAGUUCUGGAAACAGAAGAUGGGGCACCAAGAGAGACUGUGGCAGAGGACAGUGGUUCUGUUGAUGUAGAAGAAGAAACCUCAGCUUCGAAGGUGAAGAUGGCUCUCCAGUUAUACAGAGAAGCACUAGCAAAUGGUGAUCAAUCUAAAAUUACUGAAGUAGAGGCUUUUCUUCAAUCGAUUGAGGAUGAAAAGGCUUCCCUUGCGACAAAAAUAGCUGCACUUUCUGUGGAAUUGUCAACAGAGAGGGAUAGGGUUCUUAGGAUCAGUGCUGAUUUUGAUAACUUCAGGAAAAGAACAGAGAGGGAGAGGCUCUCAUUUGUGUCAAAUGUGCAAGGAGAAGUGAUUGAGAAACUUCUGCCUGUAUUGGAUAAUUUUGAGAGAGCGAGGGCUCAAAUUAAAGUUACAACAGAAGGUGAAGACAAAAUAAAUAACAGCUACCAGAACAUCUAUAAGCAGUUUGUGGAGGUCCUGGGAUCCUUGGGCGUUGCAGUUGUAGAGACAGUGGGGACUCCUUUCGAUCCAUUGCUGCAUGAGGCCAUCAUGCGUGAAGACUCAUCAGAAUUUGAAGAAGGAAUCAUCAUUGACGAAUUCCGCAAAGGAUUUAAGUUGGGUGACACACUGUUGCGGCCAUCCAUGGUGAAAGUUUCUGCUGGUCCAGGCCCUGCAAAGCCUGCUGAAGAAAUCAGGUCGUCAGGUGAGGCUCAAAGCACCGAUCAAGACGAGAGGGACGAUGCUGGUGAUGCUGCAGAACCUACGUCUGGCUAGUAUGCUUUGGCUUGUGUUCUGCUACUCAAUUUUGUAGUCCUGACAUUUUCUUCUUAGAGCAAACAAGUUAUUGGUAACUUAAGGUGAAGAUGUGAAUUGAUUUGUUUCUGGUUUAUGAUUCAA